CACCCGGCACGCGCCCGCCGCGCCGCCACGAUGCCCAAGAGGAAGGUCAGCUCCGCCAAGGGUGCGGUGAAGGAGGAGCCCAAGAGGAGGUCGGCCAGGUUGUCAGCUAAACCUGCUCCUGCAAAAGUGGAAACGAAGCCAAAAAAGGCGGCAGGAAAAGAUAAAUCUUCAGACAAGAAACUGCAAACAAAAGGGAAAAGGGGAGCAAAGGGAAAGCAGGCCGAAGUGGCUAACCAGGAAGCUAAAGAUUUACCCGCAGAAAAUGGAGAAACUAAAAAUCAGAGUCCAGCCUCUUAUGAAGCAGGAGAGAAAGAAGCCAAGUCUGAUUAAUAUCAUAUACCAUGUCUUAUCAGUGGUCCCUGUCUCCCUUCUUGUACAAUCCAGAGGAAUAUUUUUAUCAACUAUUUUGUAAAUAGCAAGUUUUUUAGUAGCUCUAGAAACAUUUUUAAGAAGGAGGGGAUCCCACCUCAUCCCAUUUUUUAAGUGUAAAUGCUUUUUUUUUUAAGAGGUGAAAUCAUUUGCUGGUUGUUUAUUUUUUGGUACAACCAGAAAAUAGUGGGGUAUUGAAUAUGGGAGGCUUUGAUUGUCUUGGGUAUCAGCUUAACAUUCCAUAAUGGGGGUAGUUUUUAUAUCCUGUAAUAUAAACAUAAACAAAAUGGCAAUUUGGAGUCAGUUGUGCAUUUAAUAUAUCUUGAACAUUUAAAUUACUUCUACUCCUGUGUUGUUUCUGGUAGGUUUCCUCAAGAAAACCACUCCUUGAUCUUGGCUCUCCUGUCAGAAUUUUGUGCACUCUGUUACAUCUUUGGUCUUGGUAGUCCAGUUUUCCUAGUAACUUUGUUAAUGUGCUGUGAACGAUUAAAAAUCUGCAUAUGUAGUGUAUAUGAUAAGUUGUGAAUUAGUGAAACCGAUGUAACAGCAUAUCAAUAUUUGAAGAUACGGUACUUGAUAUCCUAUUAAGGAAAACUUGCCUCCAAAGUUAAGCUGGAAAGUCACUGGAAUAACUGUUGAGAAAAAAAAUCGCAAUUACAUGAUUUUCUAGAUAUUUGGUAUGUACAUUAAGAAUUGUGUACAAAUUGAGAUGUCUGUGUACUGGCCCU